GUGUGCGCGUGCGUGACGGCCCUUCCGGCCCGGGCAGAGGCGAAGCAGCUUCUGGAUGUGAGGGAACUUGACGUGUGGAUCCCUCGGCGACUCCAGUCGUGUAACCGUGCGGGUUACCUUGUAGGCGGGUUGAAGCCUGGCCGCGGCCUCCACCCGCCGCUGGCGCUAGGAGGAGAGCGGGAACCCCCUGGGCUGGGUGUCCUCAGCUUGGCCCUCAGCCAGCGGCGCUGAAAAAGAUACGGGGGAUAGGAGUUGGUGGGGAGAUGCAGGCGAAGUAGGUUUCUCUACAGAUCCAGCGCCUUUAAACCCUGCGCACACUUUUUUAAAAAUGAAGAAAUUAAGGCUUAAGGAACUAGAGAGUCGCCUGCAACAAGUGGAUGGAUUCGAAAAGCCCAAGCUCCUUCUAGAACAGUAUCCAACCAGGCCGCACAUUGCAGCAUGUAUGCUCUAUACAAUCCAUAAUACAUAUGAUGACAUUGAAAAUAAAGUGGUUGCAGAUCUAGGAUGUGGCUGUGGAGUGCUUAGCAUUGGAACCGCAAUGCUAGGAGCAGGGUUGUGUGUUGGAUUUGACAUAGAUGAAGAUGCAUUGGAAAUAUUUAAUAGGAAUGUAGAAGAGUUUGAGUUAACAAAUGUAGAUAUGGUUCAAUGUGAUGUAUGCUCAUUAUCUAACAGAAUGCCCAAAUCAUUUGAUACAGUAAUUAUGAAUCCUCCUUUUGGGACCAAAAAUAAUAAAGGGACAGAUAUGGCAUUUCUGAAGACUGCUUUGGAAAUGGCAAGAACAGCAGUAUAUUCUCUACACAAAUCCUCAACUAGAGAAGAGGCAGCAGUAUCAGCAUUGUCUUGGCUGGCCUAAUAGAAUUUUAAGUGAAUAUCUCUUGGAGUUGGUGAUGGACAAGGAAGCCUGGCGUGCUGCAGUCCAUCAGGUCGCAAAGAAUUGGACAUGACUGAGUGACUGAACUGAACUGAAGCAAAUAUCUACUUAAGUACAGUUUUCUAUUUUAGCAAUGCAGAAGUAUUUCCAUUAGCAGAGUAACUAGUUUGAGAAAUUAAUCUGGUGUGUGUUGUGCAUAUUGUGAAGAUGUGAUGAACUUCUAAUAUUAAACAGUCCUUAGAUUAUGCUGUAGAUACAUCUGCUAUAAGCCUUGUGAUAAUUUUGCUUAAGCAUUCUAUUGUAACUAGUAACAUUAUCAUUGACGCUUAUUUCAGACAGACCCCUUAACUAUAGACCCUUGUCUCUUUUAAGUACUUGGCCCUCUAUUCAUAAUAUAGGUGCAUUUGAUACAACUUUUUGAUAGAAAAUUUGAUAUAAAGCAUGUCCUGGCAGACUUAUACAAUUUACUGAAAAUUUCUACUGGCACCCAAGUUAUUUGUUCUUUCCAGGCUCAGACAGAACCUUACAUAUCAUCACAGUGACUCCAAUAUGCUGCUGCUGCUAAGUUGCUUCAGUCGUGUUUGACUCUGUGCGACCCCAUAGACGGCAGCCCACUAGGCUCCUCUGUCCCUGGGACUCUCCAAUAAGCUAGACGACUCUAAAAGUUGUUGCCUUAUCUUCUUUCAUUAGGCAUUAUGAGAACUCAAGUUCUUGGCUCAUAGUUAAAUAUGUGAACCUCAAAUUUAGGGAGAUGUAAAUAGCUAAAACCAGCAUUUAGUACUUAUUUUUUGUGCCACCACAGUUCAAAGCACUUUUCACCAGUCUGUAACAAUUUGAUGAGAUACCAUUACUAUCUUCAUUUAACAGAUGAGGGAACUGAGGCACAGAAAGCACAAUUUGCUCAGGGUUACAUAGCUAACAGAGCUUCAGUUCAAAUGCAGGGUGUGAUUCCAGAAACUAUGUCCUGGUUAUGUCUCUACCAUACUGCCACUGAAUUGCCCUUGGACACAGAUCUCUGCUGGUUUCUGGGAGAGCUGUGUAUUUAUCUUUAAUAUUUUUAUGCACAUCAAAGUCCAUCAAACGACUUCUGAAAUAACAGCUUUGUUACUUAAAUUAUAGUUUAGUUCAGAUUAUUAAAUGGCUUGGCUUCUUACUAAAAUACUAUCCAUCCAGUUGAAAAAAAUUUUAAAGGUCUAAAUUCUAAUGAAAUUUUAAAAGCUUGAAAACUUACAAUCAAGUAUAAGUAAAAACCAAUUUUUUGAAAACUGUUUUAAGACCA